CGUGUAACUGUACCUCCAUGCUGCCUCCCUCUCUCUUCUGAUACCACUAACCACAAUGGCCAGGCUCGGGUGAGGAGCUGCCUCUCAGACGAGCCUCAGCAGAAUCAGGAGCGGCGGCACAUUCACCGAGAGGCCCGCGGAGGAAUAUGACACCCAUGUGAGAGAGAAAAGGUCAAUGUGGCUACUAAAGCAGCUCUCAGGACUCGUCGUCAGUGGUCGUGGAUUCCUGAGGCCGGUCUCUAUAGCAACCCCAUCCUCCUCCUGACUACUGCUGCCAACUUCCUCUCCCUACCACGCGUCCAAAUCUCUCUUCAUCCCCCCCCGGCCAAUCAUCGCCCCUGAACCGCGCUGGAAUGGACACAGAAUCAACCCACUCCGGCUACUCGUAUCACUCCAGCCGCUCCGGGAGAUCAAACCGACAUGGGGAUCGCAGUCGUGAGCGCCACAAGGCCAGCAGUAAGGACAGCGUUCGCUCCGAGAGGUCGGUCAUCAUCAACCCCCCGGACUCGCCCUCGCAGGAAUCCCCCGUUCACAACGGAGAGCCGCUGCCAGGAGAACCCUCGCCUGCAGCAGAGCACGGAGACGAUGCACAGGAUGAUAACUGGGGGGAAACCACCACCGCCGUGACAGGCACCUCUGAGCUGAGUAUUUCCCAGGAGGACGUGGUCGGUCUGGGGAAGGAGAUCCAGGACCGGACCCAAGGCUUCCGUCGUUUCCUCCCCCUGGCUGUGGGAUUGUGCGUGGGGCUGCUGGUGGUGGCCACGCCCCUCGUCUUCCUCCUCCUCCCGGUCGUCAUGUGGCCCGACAGACUGCAGGCUUGCGGGGCCGCCUGCGAGGGUCUCUUCCUCUCCAUCUCCUUCAAACUCCUCAUCCUCCUGGUGGCCAUCUGGGCCUUGUUCCUGCGACAGGGUCGAGCCGGUCUGCCCCGGGUGUGUGUGUACCGCGCCUUCCUCACCACACUCACACUCCUGCUCACCAUGUCUUACUGGCUCUUCUAUGGGGUCAGAAUCCUCGAUGCUCAGGAUGAGGAUUAUCACGGUAUCGUCCAGUUUGCCGUGUCCCUGGUAGACUCCCAGCUGUUUGUCCACUACCUGGCCGUGGUGCUGCUGGAGCUCCGUCACCUCCAGCCGUGCUACAGCGUGUGUGUGAUGCGCUCCACUGAUGGGGAGACGCGUCACUACAGCAUAGGACAGCUCAGCGUCCAGAAGGCUGCUCUGUCCAUUCUGGAGUUUUACUACAGAGAUUUUUCUCUCCAUAACCCGGCUCUUCUCUCUGCCUCAAAGCACCGGGCUGCCAAACACCUGGCUGGGUUAAAGGUUUAUAACGUAGACGCCCCGGGGAGCACAGCGGGAGCACAGCCCAGUAAUGGGAAUCAAUCACGUGCCAUGGUUACAGCUGCCGGCAAACGCAAAGACAGCGCCCACAGUGAGCUGUACUACGAGGAGGCCGACUACGAGAGAAGAGUCCGCAAACGCAGAGCCAGGCUGGUCGUUGCCGUGGAGGAGGCCUUCACUCAUGUCCGGAGGAUGAAGAAAGAGGAUGAGCGUGCGACACCGUCUGACAUCAUGGACGUGCGUGAAGCCGCUCUGGCUAUAUUUCCCUCCAUGGCCCGUUCCCUGCAGAAAUACCUCCGCACCACCAGGAGGCAGCACUGCCACAGCAUGGAGAGCAUCCAGAAGCACCUCGCUUUCUGCCUCAUCAAUAACAUGAGCCCUAAGGCCUUCCUCGAGGCUUACUUGGCCCCGGGUCCCACCCUGCAGUACGGCCCUGAGCGCUGGAUGGCCGACCAGUGGACUUUGGUCAGCGAGGCGUCCGUCACAGGCGGCAUUAAGGAGGGGACGGAGUUCCUGCUGAAGUGUCUAGACUUCAGCUUAGCUGUGACCAUCAAAAGCAUCCCGUACAUCCGACUGACUGAGGAGUACAUCGACCCCAAGUCUCACAAGUUUAUACUGCUGCUCCAAUCAGAAACCUCAGUUUAACCAGAGCUGCUGGACUUACACUGUUAAGAUUACCCUUCUGGACUUUUCAACAAAAAAAAACAUUUUGUACGGUUUUUGUACUUCUGUUUAUGUAAUUUUCUUACAUAAUGUAUCUUUGUGUCAUUGUCUUUGUCAAAAGAAAAGACAAUAAAAAGGACAGAAGACAGGAGGGAUUUCUCUGUCCUGACAUCUGCAGAACACUGAUCAGAUUUUCCUCUAUGCACGACGGAUCACACUCUCAAACUUUCUUCUUCCAUAUCUUUGCAUGUGCCAGUGUGUGCCUGUGUGGGAGAGUUCAUGACUUAAGAAGGAGUGUGUGAUUUAGGCUGCAAAAAGUGUAUGCGUUAGUGUUUCAAGUAAAUACCCAGGAUGUGUCACAACGUGUCUCUUCUUCUUCCUCCUUAGCGUUACUAUAGUGACCUGGAAAUUUAAUAUACCAUGAAUCCUUUUAGGUUUUCUCCUUUUUUAGUAUUUGCAAAGUCUUUUUUUUAACAGUCCUGUAUAACAGAUGUUUGUACAGUAUUUAUAUGUGAAUAUACUUAAUAGACUUUUUAUAUCCAAAUUGUGCAUUGCUUUGAUUUUUUAAAAAACUUGUCAAAGAUUUCCUUUUGGUUUUAACAUGCGCUGUAUUGGUUGAGAUAGCUGGACUGUAAAUGAAAGAAGACGUGUUUGUAAUUGUCACAGACAUCAGUGAAAACACAAAAACACAAAAGACUGAAUGCAAAUG